AAAGUAGAAAAAGGAGGUGAAUGAGAAUGACAUUAAAAUGGAUGUAAGCAUUCUAAGCAAAAGCAAAAGUCUAUUUGUGGCGGCCAUAGAUUUCGGGACGACGUACUCCGGAUACGCGUUUUCUCUUACACAAGAAUGGAAGAAACCCUACACGUACCACUGGCAGGGCGGGGGCCUGGUGUCACAUAAGGCCCCCACUGCUUUACUACUGGACUCGAGUCAGAACUUUGUCGCCUUUGGUUACGAUGCAGAAGACCAAUAUUCUCAAUUAACGGCCAAGAAACAGCAAGACAAAUAUUACUUCUUCCUACGAUUUAAGAUGAUUCUUCACAAAGACCCGGGAGUAAAUAAAAAUAUUCUUUGUGAAGAUGAAUCCGGGAAAUCUUUACCAGCCAUCGUCGUUUUUACUCAUUGUAUACGUUAUCUAAAGGAUCAUUUAUAUAAAGAAAUUAACAAAAGUAUUCCAGGAACAGGAGAAGAUGCCAUAGGGUACGUUUUGACGGUACCUGCCAUUUGGGGUGAUCGUGCAAAACGCUUCAUGAGGGAAGCAGCUAUAAAGGCAGGGAUUGAAAAGAGUAGACUAAUCAUUGCAUUGGAACCCGAGGCAGCAUCUAUUUAUUGUCAACAUCUCACAAAUGACAAGGAACAGUUAUCUGCCACCCUGGGGGUACUAAACUCUGGACAAAAGUAUAUGGUGGCGGAUCUUGGAGGAGGUACUGCUGAUAUAACUGUACACAAGAAAUGUGAGGACCACACUUUAGAAGAAAUUAGUCCCGCCAGCGGGGGACCAUGGGGAGGAAAAUCGGUCGACGAUCGCUUCAUACGCUUCCUGGAGGAUAUAAGCGGAAGUGGAACAAUGUCGAAGUACAAAAAACAAAGUAUGGAAGAUUAUUUAGACAUUUUACGAACAUUCGAAGUAACAAAACGUAGUGUUUCGCCCGAAAAGACGGGGAAAAUUCAAAUAAGAAUACCUCUGUCUUUUGUUGAGUUCUGCAAAUCUACUAGAAAGGUUAAGGACUUUGCUUCUGCUAUAGAAAUUUCACCUCACAAAGGUAAUGUGACAUAUGCUACCGGUAAACUAAAGUGGACAGUCGAAUUUUUUAAAAAGACAUUUUUCCAAAAAACUAUUGAAAGCAUAGUCAAACAUGUAGAUGAAUUAUUUGAAGAAGAAAAUGUCAGAGGAGUUAGUAAUAUUCUAAUGGUUGGUGGUUUUUCCGAGUGUAAACUUGUUCAGAAGGCCAUUAUAGACAACUUUCCAGACAAAAAAGUCAUUGUUCCGACUGAUGCAGGACUUGCUGUUGUCAAGGGGGGCGUGUACUUUGGUCACGUGCCAAAUGCCGUUUCUCGAAGAGUGGCAAGGUUUACAUACGGUAUUCAAACAUGGCCAGAAUUUAAACCGACCAUUCAUCCACAAUCGAAGAAAUUUGAGGUCAAUGGAAUGAAUCGUUGUAAGGAUGUCUUUUUUCCAUUCGUUCAGAAGGGAGAGCAGAUUCCGCUUGGCUUUUCAAAGUCUCAAAUAUUUCGUCCUCUGCAUGAAAACGACACCAGACUUGAAUGUGCUGUUUAUAUUUCAAGUGAGAAAGAUCCAAAAUUCGUGGACGACCCUGGAUGUGAACUAUUGGGCACCCUUCAGGUACCUGUUUCCAGACAGACCCCGGAAUCUCCCAGCUCUGAGGUUGAGGAAACGCUCUUUUUUGGUGAGACAGAGAUAAGGGUGACUGCACGUGAUAUAAUGACGAACCAAUCUAAAGACGUGUCUUUUGAUAUAUUUUGAAUACCUUAAAUUUCAUACCGAUAUGUAUUAUUAUUUUCA